GUGGGAAGAGGCGCUUGGAGAUCCGGCCACAUCCAAAUACAAAGACGAGGCCAAAGGUUGGGAGAAAAACUUGGACAUGGUCUUCGACCGGUUCAUCGGAUAUGAGGAAACAAAAGUAUCUAGCUUCAGGUCGGGUAGUGUUGUGGGAAGUUUUGUGACUGUCGUGGCCGAGUCGGAAUCUCAGGCCGCCAUGGACGCGUACAGAGCACAGGUGCAGAGAGGAACUCUGGGUAACAUGACGAUCAUUCCCGACGGCUCCACCAUUACCGACAAAGAACCGAUCACAAGUGAAAGAAUCGGCCCAGGUUUCACCAACGUGACUUUGUACAACUUCUGGAAGAGCCCGUUGGUCCUGGCCAUCAUAGCAGCCGGAGGAGCGGGCAUCCUCAUUAUCGCUCUCAUCACCACCAUCAUGUGCUGCGAGAGCAAGAAGAAAAAGAAGAUGAAGAAGAGGAAACAGCUACGCCGAGAUGUUGAAAAAGCAGAAGAGGAGGAGACGGCAACUGUAGGGGAAGACAACGUUGGGUUCGUAGAUGAUGCAGCGGAGGUACAAACGCAACUAACCGAAUGCGAUCCUCUGGCUAAAGACGAGGAAUCUUAUGAGAACAUCGUCUUGCGAGAGAAAGACAACUUUGUCAGCACUCAGAAUGGUGAAGCUUAUCACCACAAUGUAACUGAUGAGGAAGAUAAUGUCCAAAAUGAUGAUGAUGGUGAAGAUCGUCUUCAAAAUGGUUAUGGAAAUCUUCCACGAAAUGAUGAGGAAGAUUAUGUCAACUGUGGUGAAUUUUCCCCCCAAAACGACGGUGAGGAUUUCACCAAAAAUGAUGAUGAUGAUGUUUUCGAAGGAGAUGAUGAGGAUGAUGAUGAUGACGAUCGCCCCAAAAAUGAUGAUUAUUAUAUUACUGGCCUCUAGAUAUACUUCUCUUUUGCAUAGCCAGAGAAUA